ACUUAUAUCCCCAAAGGCCCAAACCCUUAUUUUCGUAUAGAAUUAGGGUUUGCAGUGACAACUUUUGUUUCAGUGUGUUUAGAUCAGAAUCAGAUCGACAACCAUGGCGACGCAGAUGAGUAAGAAGAGAAAGUUUGUGGCCGAUGGAGUGUUCUUCGCUGAACUGAACGAGGUUCUGACGCGUGAGUUGGCGGAGGACGGUUACUCCGGCGUCGAGGUUAGGGUUACGCCCAUGCGCACCGAGAUCAUCAUCAGAGCCACCAGAACUCAAGCCGUUCUCGGUGAGAAGGGAAGGAGAAUUAGGGAACUAACCUCGGUGGUGCAGAAGAGGUUCAAGUUUCCCGAGAACAGUGUUGAGCUUUAUGCUGAAAAGGUCAACAACAGAGGUCUUUGUGCUAUUGCUCAGGCUGAAUCUCUUCGCUACAAGCUCCUUGGUGGCCUUGCUGUUCGUAGGGCAUGUUAUGGUGUUUUAAGAUUUGUGAUGGAAAGCGGUGCCAAGGGAUGUGAGGUCAUUGUUAGUGGAAAGUUGAGAGCUCAGAGAGCCAAGUCCAUGAAAUUCAAGGACGGUUACAUGAUUUCUUCUGGACAGCCAGUCAAGGAUUACAUUGACUCUGCAGUCAGACAUGUGCUCCUAAGACAGGGUGUUCUUGGUAUCAAGGUGAAGAUCAUGCUUGAUUGGGAUCCUAAAGGGAAACAGGGUCCUAAAACUCCCCUCCCUGAUAUUGUCACAAUCCACACUCCAAAGGAUGAGGAAGAAUACAAGCCACCAGUUGCUGCUGCUGCUGUUUUGGCAACUGAUAUUGAGGUCCCUGUUGCUUGAAGUGUAGUAAUUGUUAGUGCUCGAGUUCCUAGUAUGCAAUGUUUGUUGGGGAAAGACUAGUUCAAAAUUUUGGUAGUUUCUUUACAGUUUUUACAAAGUACCAAGUAUUUAAGCAUCAAUUAAUUUUUUUUAAUAAUUUAAAUCUUCACGCGCUGAGCACUAUGAAUUCUGUUAGUGAUUCAAGCUAUUGGUUUUGGUCUGUCUUA